GCCAUGAUCUCGCAUUCCAAUGAGAUCGGGUUGACCAUGGCACCUGUCCCUGAUAUAAACAACUGCUCUGCAAGGGCGAUCCUGUCGCCACCGCGUAAGCUAAUAUCCCAUUUAUCGAUAUAUCAUUGCUCGAGACCUGCUCAGCUGGCUCAGCUCUCCGCUAGCUGCAGCUUAUCAACCUCGAAUUUGUAAUUAUUUAGUGGCUGAAGAUCUCGCAUUUUGUCCGUCGCGAUUCACCGGGCACGCCGCUAUCGGCCGAUUUUGUGCGGGAAUUGACUUUAGCGCUUAUCUUGAGAUAAUUUCGCAACCAAGGAAUCAUGGCAGCCAAAGGCCAAUGCUUAAUAACUUUGAAGAAACCAAGGUCAAAAAAAAAAAAAAGAAAAAGAAAAAGAACCGGUGGAACUUGACGACUUUCCAACUAGCCAUGGAGCAGCACAGAGAGCCCAAGUUGGACGUCGAGUCGCCCCCGCCCCGGGUAGUAUGGCGCGAUGGGGACGAUAUUUCGGAGCCCUCGAUCGCUCCCGAUGAGGCAAAGAGGGAGCAGAAGCUGAUUCGCAAAAUGGACUUGUAUAUCCUGCCUUUCGUGGUUUUAUUAUACUUAUUUAGCUUUUUGGAUCGAGUGAACAUUGGAAAUGCCCGUCUAUACGGUCUCGAGGAAGACCUGGGCUUGGUCGGGGACCAAUAUCAAGUCGCUGUAUCCAUUCUAUUCGUCACAUACUGUUUGUUCGAAGUGCCUUCAAACCUAGUCAUAAAAAAACUCAGACCCUCUCGCUACAUCGCUUCAAUAUCUGUCAUCUGGGGCAUCAUCGCGACUUUAACAGGCAUCUGCCAAAGUUACGGCGGCCUGAUCGCCUGUCGCGUCCUCUUAGGCGUCGUAGAAGCCGGUCUCUUCCCUGGCAUGAUGACCUACCUUACCCUUUUCUACAGCAAACGCGAAAUUGCCCUGCGCACAGGCUACCUGUUCAGCAGCUCAGCCGCAGCUGGCGCAUUUGGCGGUUUACUUGCGUACGGGAUUGGAUUUAUGGACGGCGUCAGUGGCCUCCGCGGCUGGCGCUGGAUUAUGAUCAUCGAGGGUAUUCCGACGGUUAUCAUCGGCGUACUGACAUGGUUCUUCCUCGCUGACGCGCCAGACACGGCGUACUAUUUGAACGAAGAAGAAAGAGCACUUGUCGUCAAGUUCCGUUCGCGAUAUGCGGGACAGACAGCAUCCGCGCAGAAGUUCCACUGGGCGGACGUCAGAGAUGGCGUCACAGACUGGAAGAUCUACGCUUUUUCCAUCGGUCAGUUUGGCGUUGAUACCAUGCUCUACGGAUACAGCACCUUCCUACCCACUAUCAUCGAAGGAAUGGGCCCUUCCUGGUCCACUGCGGAAGUCCAGGCACUCACAAUCCCUUGCUACGCGGUAGGCGCCAUCGCCUACCUGACAGUAGCAUGGCUAAGUGACCGAUUUCAACGCCGUGCGAUAUUCAUAUGUAUCUUCUGUGCGAUCUCCAUGAUCGGAUACGGGAUCCUCAUCUCAGACACAUCCUCUGGUGUACACUACUUUGGCGCGUUGCUUGUCGCUCUGGGCCUCUAUGUGGCUGUUGGUUUACCGCUUGCUUGGUUGCCGACUAAUUUGCCGCGGUAUGGCAAGCGGACGUUCGCGACGGGAUUACAGCUUACAUUUGGUAAUGUUAGUGGUGUUAUGUCGCCGUUUCUAUACAAGAGCAAUGAAGCGCCGCGGUAUGUUCGGGGAAAUGCGGUAACAUGUGGUUUGGUGGGCUUUGGAGGGGUUGUGUUUGGCCUUAUGUGGGUUUAUUAUAGCAUUGUGAACCAACUAAGGGCCCGUGGCGAAGAGGAUGAUAAGAUUACGGGGAUGACAGAAGAGGACAUCCAGGAAAUGGGAGAGAAAAACCCUCGGUUCGUGUAUAGCAUUUGAUACAUUUCCAGAGUCUUCAUUAUGCGUCUUUAUUAGUUCUGAUAAAACAAGGGAUCCACGGUUAGACAUAAUUAUACCUCAUCAAUUUCCAUCACCACCACU